AUGGAGACAAAAGUGGAAGAAUUUUUACAAAAUUACGCGAUAGCAUUGGACAAGUACGGGUCUUUGAGUGAAAAAGAAGUUGAAGACUUCGAACAAUACUCGAACAGGGCAGAGGCCGUACUUUCUUCUUCGCUGGACUACAUUGUGCUCUUAAAAGGUAGACUGAAUACGUUUACGUCAUACCCGGGAACACGUUCGGUGCACAUAACAAGUAACAAUAACGUUGAACAGGAGGGUGCGCAAGGGGUUAAGAAAAUGGAACUACCAACACUCCCAAUACCAACCUUUUAUGGAGAUUUAUGGGAAUUGGAUAAUUUCUGGACCUUAUUUGACGCAAACGUAAAUUCGAAACCUCUACCGGAGCCCUUCAAGUUCAACUAUUUAAUCAAGGCUCCGAAAGGAAAACCCCUUCAAGCAAUAUAG